AUGGCAGCAGGCAUGGCUGUUGGUGGAGCCGUUGUACCCUCCCUAUCUGUCCCAGAGCAAAAAGUGGCUCUUCAAAUAGGAACAUGUAGUCCUGCUGAAAUGUUAGACAGAGUAAGAAAGACUCAGGUAUAUAUUCUGUCAGGAGUUUCUAGACAGGUAGAGAAUGAACUAAAGGGAUUUAAAAGGUCAGUACAAAGGUUAAAUUCUAACAUGAAUGAUCAGUCACCAGUAGUAGGAAUCCAAAGAUGGAAGAGAUCGAUAAAGGCUUGUCUUUUGAGGUGUCAAGGUACCUUGGUUAAUUUGGAAAGAUGGGUUAAGAGGGAGAUGAAUUCUUGGAGAGGUGUGUUUUCUCGUUUUGAGAAAAUGGUUAGCAAGGCAGAUGAGGAUUUGUGUAAGAGCUGCAAGAUGGAAGAAAAACACAAAAGGUCAUUUCUUGGUCUAGUGACAAAAAGUGAUAAAGAAAAGGAAGCAGAAGCAUCUGAGGAAUUAGUUGAUCCUUAUGCACCUACUCCAUCCCCUCCUUGCCAGCCCCACCAGUGGGUUGUAAUUUCAGUUGAUAUUUUGUCUUCCCCAGAGUUUGAUGCUGAUAUGUCAGAGGAUCCUAGAGAGUUUUUGGUGAACCUUGAGAAAUAUUUUAAAAGGAGUGGCUGGAAUGAGAAAAUUUGGUUGUCGCAGGUGGAUAACCACCUUAAGGGUGCAGCCAAAAAGUGGUGGGAGUACAGACAGGAGACAAUAGAUAACUGGCUUGAUUUCAAGGUAGCCUUUUUGCAGUACUGUGAAAGGUUGAUUGUAAGAGAGGCCAUUAAACGGGACUUAGAUCUUCCCCAGAGACGUUGGGAACCAUUAGAACAGUUUGUAUGGAAGAAAAGGGCAUUGUACCACAGACUUUAUGUAGAUGCCAAUGAGGAAGAGAUGAUCCAUUAUAUCAUAAGCACCCUUCACCCUGAAAUCAGACGUUUCUUGAAGACCCCACUUCCAAAGACAAUGGAUCAGCUAGUACAGAGAGGAAAGGAGAUUCAGUUUGAUUUUGAGCAGUCAGAGAAACAAUCUCGUAGGGCAUCUUACUCAGAAGAACAAGUCAGCACCAAAUUGAAGGUUACAGUUACAAAGGAUCCUUAUGAUAGUAGCAACAACCACUCAAUUACUGAAAAAAUCUAA